GAUGGCGAUCAUGUUGGCUGUUUAUCUGGUUAGUAGGGUUGUCGGCGGGCAGUGACGGGAGUAGUGAUGAUAGCACAAGAUGGUGGGUCGUACUGGAAGCAGACCAGCAGUUGAUGGCAACCAUCUGGAUAGGAGAGGGCAUGGAAGAACAAGUGUUCGCUUUCAUGGAAAAAAAUUGCAGUUACAAAGUCGUGAUGUUCCUCCAUAUCAAAGGCGGGACUAGAUAGCAUUCAGCAUCAGGAAGAACAUUAUUUAGCAGUUGUGUAAGCUCGUCCGACUGAGCGGAAAGAAACUGAGAGAAAGCGCUGGGUUUUCGACUGAUGAAUAGUGCUUGCAGAUUUGUGUGCUACUGCUGCUGCGAGUUCGAACAGGAGAAACAAGAGUCUGAGUUUUCCAGCCAGUGUGGCUACGAAAGCCGCCUGGCGCAAUUGAUGGCGUUUAACUCGCUAUCGGUAGUAUUUGCGGAAAUAAAGAAUCGCGCUGAUCGUGUCGACAAUCGUAGGGUUCGGUAGCCGUUAGCUAAAAUGGUGAUGUUAUGAACUGUUUACUGGCAGCAGGCCACUCCAAUGGAGUUUUUCAAACGGCAGUGAAGCGGGCGUGAACAGGUGCCUAAAAGCUGCUUCGCGUUGUACCGUCAGGCGUGGACACGAGCACGCGCACAGGUUGUAGUGCAGAAGCGGUGGUCGCAGUACGUACUCCAGAGAACGACGCCCAGUGGAGCGCUCGAAGGCAUGCUUUUUCCGAAUCGGUUCCUGAUCUUACCACCACCAUCAUUGCAGUUUAUCGCCUUGCCCGAUCUGGCUGUGAACCGAAUCCUUCUAAUACAGUUAUUGCUUUCCUAUGUGCUCCACAGGGCAGAUUGUAGCAAGGUGCAUCUGCUGGCCGCGUGCCCACAAUCCCCAUUGUUCGGAGCCGACCUCGGUUCGCGGUUCACGUUUCACUGCGACCUUUCUUUGCCAACGAAGACGUUCGGCGAGACGACAAUGACAGGAGGCUCCCAUUCACUACAGAGCGUCAGAUCAGCGCAUAGCCCUCAGGGAAUUCUCUGGAAAAAGGACAAUCAGGUGAUUUCCCAGUCGGAGACGAGCUGGCACUUUUACAGAAGACAAAUGACAUUAUUAAAUCUAGCAUUAAAGCGAGAAGAUGCAGGAAAUUACACGUGCCAGCCGUUCAUCGUCGAUGCCGACAACGAACACAGCGCGCUACCAAAGUCCAUCAUGUGUGCUCGACUUGAGAUACAGACUCCUCCAGGUCGUUUGGUUAAUGUAUCAGUGCGACCUUCGCAGGUGUUUGCAUCAGUUCGGUGGGCCGUAGCUGAUGGAGGUGAUGGCGGUGCUCCGAUUACUCAUUUUACUCUUGUUUAUCAACAGGUAUUGCAGGCACAUUUUGGCAAACUCGAUGCCGAUCCGGACCCUCGCAACGCCAAAAGAAACGAUCCGCCAACUGAAAACACGAUAAUAUCAAAGUCUUUCGAAAGAUUAAAGGACGCUCACGGAAAACAAUAUCCAUCGGAACUUCAGAAUGACACCUUGCACGACGAUCAGCACCAACGGUCAACGCAUCUACCCUUACAUAUUAGCCCUACAGCAAGGCAGUAUUUUGUGUAUCACCUCCGUCCGAAUGCGCUAUACCAGUUCAAAAUGUGGGCUACGAAUCGACUGGGGUCGGGCGAGCACAGUCUCUUGUAUAUAUCUACAAACACUGUGCAAAAGAAGUCCCAUAAUCGGCCCAACAGCAACGCUACCAGUAAUCAGGCACAGAACGAAGACGCCAAGGCAGGCGAGCAUCUGCUGCAGACAGGAGCUCCAACAAAUGACAGAACCCAUAGUGGCCCUGCCAUAACUGUAGUCGGCUUUGCGGAUGAUGACCUCAGUGCAACGGCGUGGAUAACUGCAGUUACAAUGGUAUUUACAACAGUAGUCAUCCUGGCACUGUUGAGUUGUGUCUUAAUCUAUAAGGAAGCUUCCAAUGACGACACAGCAUAUAUACCAAUGUACCAAAGCGACCCGGAGCCUGCGAACGGCAGGCAGGUUCCAGUAAGCUUCUAUUCUUCCGCGGCCGCAAUGCAGAUACUUUUAGACCCAGCUAGAUCAUUUAGGAGAUUCUACCGGCUUCAGAGAACUGAAGUUUUGGAGGAAAGGACAGUUCUUUUGGCUGAAGUGAAUACCGGCAAUUGCAAUGAUAACCUACAGCUGCCCCCAACAAGACUUAACAAUAACUCGGUCCUACGCCCCUUGUGUGAACAAGAUAAAGAACAACUGGCGGAUGACGAAAAUCGGCAACGACGACAACCACAACAACAUUAAAAAGUAUAUAAAAUAAUAUGAGAAGUGGUAGUUAUAUCAGCCACAGGUAUUAUAGUGAAGCAAGACUAAAACAUGGUAUCAAAUGUGAAUAAGAUUUUCUCCCUACAUACGGAAUAUGGGGCUUAUUAGUGGGCUUAUAGCGAGCAUAUUUAAUACGAAAGAAGGAAACCCAGAAAUACCCAAACUCACGCCGAAGCACGCCUAUCAACAACUAUUUACGAUACACACACUCACGAAGUCGCCGAUGCACUUGUGGGAUCCACAUUUAAUGAAACCAAUCUGUGUGGUAGAAUUCGCUCCUUGAUUUUGAAGGGCCACAACUUCGUGUGUGACGUGUCUUUGGAUGUACGCUUGCAAUACUUCUAUGGACCCCAGUGAAGGGAUUAGGACAAAACUAGAUAGAAAAAUCUAUCGACGAAGCUAUUGCAGCGGGAAGGGUAAAGGGACAGACCGUAACAGGGUCUAUUCAAGCAUAUCUUACCUGUCAUUUGUCGUACCAUGGGAAUAAGUUCUUAAAAGAGACAUUACUAAACUGCUGUAUCUUACUACAGCGUAGAUCAUUAACUAAAAACACAGAUGUUAUUUAAAAACUGCACUAUUGUGUUGUUAUCCCGGUCGAAAUCAAGUGAGUACUAUGUUAUUAUUACAUUUUUUGGCAAUUAUCAGUUUUUAGCGUUCAGAAUUACCGCAGUCACUUUGUGUUUCGUGUUGAGCAGUCUCUCGUAGCUCGUAGUAAACGAAUGAUUUUCAUUUGCUCACACGCAUUUACCAAAAAGCUAACAUACAGCUGUAAUAAUAAAAUACACACGACUACGAGGCAAUGUUGUUAACGAAAAGCCACAUUCAACUUUCUGUACAUUUCGAAUUUUACGUCCGGCAUUGCCCUUAGGCGUUCUAUCAAACGGCUGGCUCCCAGCACGAAACGAAGUACAUCGAUGCCCCGAGCGGGUUUGAGCCUAGAUUAUAACCUACUCUAAGAUUAGCAGGCAAAUAUAUCGUCCGCUAAGCUAUCUCUGGAAGUCAACAUUACACUUAUGAUUCACUACCACCACCCAGCGCUAUCAAUUUGUUCACUAUUUUAUAUUUACUUCUUUCUGUUAUAAUACUUUAGUAUGAAAUCAUGUUACAGAGUAAGCAAUUGUUGAAAAAUAAAACCCUCAAACCAUAGAAACCCAAGUACCUUUCGCUCGUUCCAGCGACGGUAAUGAUAAUCCUCUGUAAAUUUGGUCAACGAAACUGGCGGUAUUAACGGUAUUACAUUUCUCACCUCUGAUACUUUAGUAAAUGUCUAAUUAUCUCCUAUCUGAGUUAUUUGGACGUCCUAUUUUGUUCCAGUCCUAAUAGGUGAAGAUUUGCUACAUUUUCCAUUACUCUUUUUUAUUUUUACUUUUUAUCCGAUGGUUGAUUAAGCAAAUAGGCCACUUGCCUUUAGAUAGAGCAGAAACAACAAGAUGUCAACAUAGCCUCUUUGAUUUUAUAUACAUAUAUAUAUAUAUUGUGUGCUUAUUAUUGCUACCGACGUAAAUACCAUUAGUAUGAUUUUUAUAGUAUCAUUGUUGUACAACAUACGUAGUGAUGUACAUGGAUUCUGUACGCCGUUAAAAAGAUCUGGUAUUAAAAAGGUCUAUUUAUAUUACGUACUAUUGGUACAUGAUUCGAUCAUAACGGCUAGCGAAUAACGGGGCCUUCAAGGAUGCAGUUACGUGUCCUGCUGUCUUUUUGUAGGCUGGUGGAUAUGAUGGCGGUACUGUUAGAUAAAUUGAUAAUUGACAAUCAACGAACCUCUGAAAGGAAGAAGGCAUGACAGAAAAAAACGAUUAGUAAAUGAUGCUGAACUUGCAAUACGCGGCUCUUCGUGGCUAAGCGAAACGGCGUGUAGCUUAGCCCCCAAUGAGCUCACAAUCAUGGGUUCACAGUGUUAAUAUUCAGUAACUAGAACAAAAGGAACGAUACACAGUGUUACUGUCCUGCAAUUACAAGUUUCUGCUGUUUUGAUUAAAUAAACAUACUUAGUUUCUUUCGAUCCCUAUGAAACAAUAUUCAAGUGUUGGUCAUUCCAGCUGAAGUGAUCUAACCGCGAAAUUUUUCAAACGGAUUGUCGAUCAAACGACAUCUCUACGACCGAGUUACCAGAGACCUCUUCAAUAUACGUAAACACCACACUAACUAGUCGGAACAACGAUCGACCUAUUGUAUUUACACAUAGCCCUUAUGCUUAUGUACGCGCUGAGAGAUACAAUAUUUUUAUUUUAGGCAGCUUAACUUCCAUAUAUACAUAUAUAUGUAUAUCUUACUUAACACAGAUGCAUAACAUCAGCUCAUUUUAGGAUGAUUGAUGAUGUUAAUAGUUCGUUUUCAGCGUGAACCCGAUGGCGUUCUACCGGUGCUUCGGUGAUUUUCAUAGCGCCGCGUUAAUAGGCUAUAGGCCUGGGAAAACAGCAAAACAGUGUUCAAUUGUAUGCAGAGACAAAUAUGCUCAGUUCGACCGAUGACAAAAAUAAGGGCUCUACGUCUCAAAAGAGAAAAUUGUCAUUACCACCCGCUCAGUUUUUGCUCAACCAGAGCUAAACAAAUGAUUCACGAGCUCUUCUCUAAUUUUCUCAGGUAACGUAAAUCAGCGUAAUUUGGUUCAGUUGCUAAGACAGACCGGUCAACUUCUUUUUGGACAAAUCGCUAUGUAUACCAAUCAAUGUCAUUGCGUCAAGCAAGAAUAGAUGACGAUCCAUCUUUUCGUUUCAUAUUCGACUAGAUUUGUAUCCAUCAAAAGUGAGUGAUUAGAGUUAGUAUCAGAAGUCACUAUUUGUUUGACCAACCAGACCUGUAGUCGUAUCGAAGGGCCAAUGUUUAUGGUUCGUAAAAGCCUGUACCAGUAGUAAAACUUUGUGAAUAAAUCUUUUUUUGCCCUAUCAAGGGGCAGAUUGUGUUUGCAUCUAAAGGGACAGAAGUGGCAACAUUUUGGAUCUAUGUCAAGUUGUUCAGCCGUCAUCUUAACUUAACUUCAUUUCAGCUAAAAAAUCACAGGUUGCGCUUAGGACUGAAUUUAGCUAAUGUGUGUUCUAUAAACACGAAUGUGAAUUAAAGUCCAAUUAAAAAUGAUAUAAGUCGUCUAUAGAAAGCAACGCAAUGAACCGACUAUCAAACUAACAAGGUAAACUCGUGCAUCCGGCAGAACCGAUAAUUGUGACACUGACUGAGGCCAUGUCUGCCUGGUAUUAAACCACCUGUAUUAAAAUUAGCAUAGGUGAAUGAACUUCUUAAAAAUGCUAAAAAGAAAGUCGAUAUUUUUAUGCUUAUUUAAUGAUAUCAGCCUUGACCGCUGGGAUGUACCUCCAAGACAAAUUCCGGACUUUUCGCGAGCCCAACGAGAAAACUGGGCUUUUCAGUUCGGUCAAACAGUCGACAGGCGUAGAGAAUUCGGAUGUUGGAGAAUACUAAACAAAUUGUGUCAAAGAUGCGAUAGCCACAACUAUCGUCUGAUAAUGAAGAACACCUAUCUUUUAAGGACGCUUUUAAUAAUAAUAAUUGUCAAGCUUUUUGGACGACACAGUCGAUUGGAUAUAUCUAAAUAAGGCUUUUUUUUUUUUACUUAAACUUACAUUUAACAUAAAAACGAAUCGACCUGAAUGUAAUGACUUUUUGCUACGAAGACCUAUCUAAGAUAAACCAGAAAAAGUUUAAGUUCGUUUUGAGAAGCCAAAUAUUCUUAGGAAUUAGUUGAAGGAAUACCUGGACACUUUUGUGAUGUAUAAUACGUCCUGUGGCCCUGGGUGAUGUAUUUUAGACGAUCACCUGAUGACCUGUCGCGCAAUACAUCAGUCCCAAAUAAAAAUCAUUGACAAAUUAAUAGCGCAUUAUUCUUUGUUUGCAUAAUACUGUUAUCACAUAUGACAAAUAAUAUCAGUAGUUUACAAAAAAUAAUUAUAUUCAUGCAUACGUCAAUUGGGUGAGUCUCAUUAAAUUUCAUUAUAGACGAAGAAACAGAACUAAUGGUUUUUAUCGCACAGAAACAAAUGGCCACGAAAACGUUCGUAGGAAAGAAUCCAUGAAACUUCAAUAGAAUGCGUACUUAAUAGUUGCAAAAAUGGUGUUACCAACAGUAAGACGUUGUAAGUUCAUUCACUCGCCGACAAUUUUUUUUUGAAUAAGGAGACUAUUUCAAGUUUUGAUUCUAAGCGGCUGGCUAACCAGCCCUGUCUCGUCUUUUGAGCCAUGAUGUUUGCGAUCUUAGGCUCUCAGUUAAAAGUGAACCGG